AGCUCGGUGUAAUAAUGUCAUUUAAAACUUCAGUUUUUUAACUUGGAUUUAUUCAUAUGAGUGUGAGAACUUUAGCAUGUUUUGUGUAUUUUUCUCUCUCUUUGGAUAAAAGAAUUUUAAAAAUUGUAGUAGUCCCUCAUGAUCUCUUUAUACUACUGCUACUACCACGAAUAAUAAUAAUGACAAUAAUGAUUAUACAUAUAAUAGAAUAUAAAGUGUGAGGAACAGAAAUACUCUGGUAAAAAGGAGCAUGUGCUGGUGGUACAGCUCAGUAUUAGAGUAUCAGAGUAUUCGAGUAAAAGUAACUGUAAUCUGACUGGGACUGAAAUGAAUGGGGGAGCUCUUCCAGCGGCGGCCGCAGGGGGCGCUGUUGUCGCUGUCCUUACCCAUAAGCGGGGGAGUGAGAGGUGCAUGAAAUGGAGAAAAAUGGCGGAUCAUGUGCAGGGCCUUGCCCAGCUGGAGAUCCUGUGUAAGCAGCUGUACGAGACGACCGACUCCGCCGUCCGGCUCCAAGCAGAGAAAGCUCUGGUCGAGUUCACCAACAGCCCCGACUGUCUCAGCAAGUGUCAGCUGCUGCUGGAGAGAGGCAGC